AUGACCUCAGUCUUUCAUCAUUCUUUCUGUCAUUUUACUUCUCCUGCUAUUGGUCGAGACCAACUCUCUGCGCCGUUGCGGGUGAAAUCUGCAUUGUACCGUUUUUAUUCCCAAUAUGUUUACAUGAAAGGAAAGGAAAUGCAAGCAUUGAUUGGUGUCCCCCCACUGUGCGAUGCUUGCCAUCGAGAUCUCUCCCCUCGUGGUCCGUACUCACGGAGCAAUACUUCCGCUAUUUCCCUUAACCCAGAUUCCUUUAUACGAUUCUUGUUUUCUGGUGCCACCACCGCCUCUCUUGGUGGAUGCUAA